AUGGCCGAUGGUAAAUUGGCCCUCGUGACGGGCGGCUCUGGCUUCAUCGCCCUGCACGUCAUCCACAAGCUCCUGGAGAAGGGCUACCGAGUGCGCACCACCGUGCGCUCGCUGAAGCGCAGCGAUGAGGUGCGCUCCGCGAUCCGGCGCGCCGGCGUCGCCGAGUCCACCGUCGCCGGCAUCGAGUUCGUCGAGGUCGACCUCCUCGGUGAGGCCGGCUGGGACGCGGCCUGCACCGCCCCCGUCACCUACGGCCACGCCCCGCGCGACGCCGCCUUUACGGAAGCCGACUGGACCGAGCUGCAACACCCGCACUCGUCUGUCGGUGCCUACGCCAAGAGCAAGACGAUCGCGGAGCGCGCGGCCUGGGACUGGGCCGCCGACGAGGGCGCGGGCAUGGAGCUGACGACGGUGAACCCGGCGCUGGUGUGCGGGCCGGCGCUGGGCGUCGGCAACAACACGAGCUUGGAGAUUCCGCGGCGGCUGCUGUCCGGCGCGAUGCCGGCGAUCCCGGAUAUGAGCUUUGGCAUAGUCGACGUGCGCGACGUGGCGGACCUGCACGUGCUGGCGCUCGAGGCGCCGGGGGCGGCGGGCCAGCGCUACAUUGCCGUGUCGGAUGAGCCGUAUGUGACGAUUAAGCAAAUGGCGGCGGACCUGAAGAGCCGGCUGCCGGCGGCGGACACGCGCCGCGUGCCGAGCCUGCCCGCACCAAAGUUCCUGCUGCGCGUGGCCGCAUUGUUCGACAAGGGUAUCGCCGUCGUGCUCCCGGAGAUUGGCCAGGUGCGCCCGGUAUCGAACAAGAAGGCGCGCGACGAGCUGGGAUGGCGUCCGCGCAGCGCGGCUGAUGCGCUGGUCGCCAGCGCCGAGAGCCUCAAGGCCAACGGCGAGCUCUAG